AGAGUCAUCAUCAUGAUACCCUCACAAAUAAAAAAUAAAAAAAGUAGUAGCACAAUAGAGGAGCUGUUGAAGAAGAAGAGAGAGAGGGAGAAAGAGAUUGAAGAAGAAGAUGAAGAAAGCUCUGCCGUUUGUGGGUAUGGUGAUGGCGGAAGUUGCUCAGGUGGGAUUGAUGGAAGUGGGCAAAGAAGCCAUGAAUAAUGGGAUGAGCAGCUUGGUCUUCGUCCUCUACUCUAAUGCCCUCGCCUCCCUUAUUCUCCUUCCUUGUUCGUUUCUCUUCCACAGAUCCGAUCGUCCCCCGGUGACCUUCCGUCUCCUCUGCGGAUUCUUCUUGCUUGGUGUGUUGGGUUGCUUUGCGCAGGUAUUUGGUUAUGCUGGUAUCAAUUUGAGCUCCCCUACACUUGGCACAACUAUGCUUAACCUCAUUCCAGCUAUUACCUUCCUACUUGCCAUCAUUUUCAGGAUGGAAAAGCUUGAAUGGAGAAGCUCAAGUAGCUUAGCCAAAUUUAUAGGAACUCUAGCCUCAGUCAGUGGGGCAUUCAUUGUGACAUUGUAUAAGGGCCCUCCUAUUCUGAGAACAUCCUUGCAUUUGAACCUGCCUCUUCAACUUUACUCCCAACAAUCUAACUGGGUGAUUGGAGGGUUGCUGCUCACAGCUGAUUGUGUCAUGGCUUCAGCUUUUCUUAUUGUACAGGCAUUGAUCCUUAAGAAAUACCCAGCAGAGCUGACUGUAGUCUUCUAUUAUUGUUUCUUUGUGGCCAUUCAAUCUGCUAUAAUCUCCUUGAUCAUGGAAAGAGACCCAAGUGCUUGGAGCCUAAAACCGAACAUGAGGUUAUUUGCAGUUCUAUACUCAGCAGUUUUUGGCUCUGUAUUCCAACUCGGUGUUUCAACAUGGUGCCUCCAUAGAACGGGCCCCCUUUUUGUUGCUAUGUUCAAGCCAAUAGGAAUUGUUGUUGCAGUUGCCAUCGGCAUAAUGUUUCUAGGAGAUGGUUUUUACCUUGGAAGUUUCGUUGGAGCAAUUGUGAUCGUUACUGGGUUCUACUUUGUGAUGUGGGGAAAAGCCAAAGAGCAGAAGAUGGGCGAGGACAAUGGGGUAAGGAGCUUGGAAUCAAAAAGCGAAGGGGCCUUUCUCUUGCAAAAUUAUAUUGAAGAGACAGAAGGAUUUGUACGAUGAAUUGAAGCAAAAAGAUACCUCCCGUGUCAAGGUCUAUUAUCUUCCAUAAUUUGAAGAAAAUAUAGAACUUAUUUAAUUUUUUUAGAAGAGAUUGGAAAAAUAAAGUUCAUGUGGGUUAUUUUUUUGUUUUUUGUUUUAAAAUUUAUUUGCCUUUUUUUAUUCAGGUCAGGCUCAAUAGUGCAUUUGUUGUUUAAGUUUGCAAGAAAUGUUGACCUAAGAUUAGCCAAACUCUCUUGUUAAGCUUAAGCCAGUUACUUAUGUCAUCUUUGGCUCCAAGAAUGAGCCCAUUUGCGAUUC